AUGGCGACAAACUUUGACAUGAACAACAUGACCGUUGAACAGCUUAUGGCACUUAGUGAGAUAGUUAAUGAUAGCGACUACGAGGAAAGUUUCGAGGAUGAAGUGGAGAAAAUAUUUGAGGACAAAUUCUACCGAGUUGCACCCAAGGAUAAGGGCAAAGACCCCUUUGAAGGACAAAGUCAAUUCAUAGAUGAAGGAAACCGCUCUACUGACCCCAGACGAGCAAGAAGACGACCAUUGAAUGAGAAGGGUGAGAGGGGAAUUAUGCCGACGUGGAAAUAUUCCGAGAGACAGAAGGCAAAGGCUUUACUAGUUGAGGAGGCAUAUCAGAGUCUACUUAGUCAGGGAGUUGAGGGUUUACCACCAACAAUGGGAGGUAGAUGGAGAACAGAUGAUCCUCAGGUAAAUGCGGAAAUGAAGAGGUUAGAGAACAUUAGGAAUCCAAAGCGUCCCAGAGGAAGACCACCAAAGGCCAAAUCUAAGGCUAAGGUUGCGAUCCCGAAGAAGCGUGGAAGACCAACAAGAGCUAAGGCUGACACUGAAGUAAUUCCAAAGAAGCGUGGAAGACCAGUAAAGGUUAAGUCUGAGGCUGAGUUGCGAUCCCAAAGAAACGUGGAAGACCACCAAAGGUUAAAAGGCAAACAGUCGCGGAAAGGUUUAUGAGUCAGAAUAAAAUAAAACUCUCGAUUCCUGCAGAUAGUGUGAUAACUCAGGUGGGACCUAAUAAGUACACGGUGACGGUGGACCUAAGCAGAAGACCAACAAGGAAAGCUCCUGAGGUACCGAAAGGCGCAACUCCAUGGAGGCCCGUUCCUAAGCCAAGGACAGUGUUCCCUAAAGAAAGACCUGUUCCUAAGCCAAGGACUAAAAAGCCAGUGCCUCCUCCAAAGUUAAGAAAGCCUGUGAAGGUAACGAAAGAAGUUAAGGAACAGCCCGCAGUGGUCACACCAGAGAAACAUGAGAUUGAUCCAUUUGGAACAUAUCUUGAGAAGCCUUCUUAUAGAAAGAUAGAAACUGCCGCAAAUGGUGCAGCGGUGACUUACUCAAUAACUCCAAACUUUAUGGAUCCCUUGGACCAGAUGACAGCAAGUAGGCAGGUUGUGAGGGGAAUUUUAGUUAACGAGUUGAAGAGAAUGGGAGGUCUAAAAUAUACGGAGACAAUUAAGGUGAGAAUGUCUAAGGAAAUCGGAAAUGAUAAAACAAAGAAGGAUUCAGUGUACUUUAAGUCAAAAACUGGAACUGCAACUAACUUUGAGGAUAUUGAAAGCACUGCAGCUCAGAACCAACUGACUAUCUUAUCCAGAAUUGAAACUUUCCAGAACUUAGGUUCAAAUUGGAUUAUUCUGAACAUUGAGAGCCAUUAUGUUAAUAUUGCAAUGUACAAACCUCUCAAGGGUAGUUCAUAUAUGAAGUUACCCGCAGACAUUAGCAAUCCAAAAUGCGGCUUAAUUAAUAUGCAAAACAUGGAUGAGAAAUGCUUUAUGUGGAGUCAUGUGAGACAUUUGAGGCCAAAGGCUAGGAGGGCAACUGCUAUUACAAAGCAAGAUAGGGAGUUCGCGAAGAACCUAGAUUAUAAAGGUAUAGACUUCCCUGUCAAGAUAAGUGAUAUUGACAAAAUUGAAAGAAGAAAUUCAAUAAGUAUAUCUAUAUUCGGUUAUAAGGGCAAAAAGCAGUUCUACCCAAUCAGGAACUCAAAGACUAAAUAUGAUGAACAUAUGGAGUUGCUGCUGUUAGGUGACAACAACGGUGGUAAUCAUUAUGUCCUAAUAAAGGAUGUAAAUAGAAUGCUCUUCAGUGUUAGCGGUAACUCGAACAAGAAGCACUUCUGCUUGUAUUGUCUUCAUAGUUGCACUAGUGAGGAAACAUUAAAGAAACAUAGUGAGACAUGUGUUAGUGUAAAUGGAACUCAGGCCACGAAGCUUCCCAACACCGGUUCAAAAAUAAAGUUCGGUCAUUAUAGAAAUUCAAUGCCUGCUCCAUUUGUAAUCUAUGCUGACUUUGAAUCUAUGCUUGUUCCUGAAGAAAGAAAAGUGGAAUCUGAGGGCACUGAGGAGAAAAGCACAACAGAGCUUUACCAGACACAUAAUUAA